UCCAGCGGACUCUUGCUUUGCCAGCAGCAGCAGUCAGUCACACGGACUCGAGUCACAUCUCUGAGCCGUGGAGAUUCUCGUUCAGUCGCUUUGUGUAUUUACAGCCACGGCUGCGAAAAACGACUAGACAGAAUGGUCACGAACUGCUCUUCUCGAAUCACAGCCUUUUGUUGAUAAGAGGGCGGAAACGCGAGACAGACAGAAUAGAAAGAAAAACAGACGAGGAGCGCGAGAAGGCCGAACCCAUCGAGGGAGCGCGAGAGCAGCCUAACGUUAGUUUCUCACGCGACAGGCGCUCAAGUGGAUUUGCGGCUCAAACCGACGAGGACGAAAACACGCCCGUAGCAAACCGUACAUGUGGAUUAUUCGCGGAAAUUUCUUAAUUUCUUUCUCCUCAGAAACUACAUAAACGUCCGGUAACGAUAGACCUUCACCUUCCACAGAGAGGUCGGUGACUGCCAGGACUCAACGCCCCAUGAUGCACAGUGUUUGUGACAAGACCACACCCACUUUUAGUGUGUAGAGGAAGUUCAUCAGCAUGUCCUCGCACCCUCAGCCAGUGCCUCAGGGUCGGAGGGCUGUGGACGCUCGUCACCUUCCCAGUUCCGCCACCCUUCCUCUGCAGCUGAGAGCCCAUACGGAUGUUGGUGGACUGGUGGACUACCAUCCUCACGCUCGGAACUAUGGUUCCCAUUUGCCCCAUGGAUCCCUGGCCCACCCUCACCGCCGCAGACCAUCCCUUCUGUCUGAAUUUCAACCAGGCAGUGAAAGAGGUCAAGAGCCCCACAUCCGAUAUGAACACAUUUACCUACAGGAUCCCAGCAGCCAAUCAGAAGUGGAGUACUCAGAGAUGAAGCGUCCUCGCUUGGAAAUCGGGGCGGAUUCUCUUAUUCGUCACUCAACCCAUCGUCAGUCCCUUAAUGUGUGUGGAGCUGAGGAAAUGGCAAAGGAGCACAGCAGCAGCAGCAGUUCCAUUGGAAAGAUUGAGCCCAUUUCUCCUGUGAGCCCAGUGCCCAUGGAGCCCGACCUGGACUUGGUUCCCUCUCGCCUCUCCAAAGAGGAGCUAAUCCAGAACAUGGACCGCGUGGAUCGGGAGAUCACCAUGGUGGAGCAGCAGAUCUGUAAACUGCGUAAAAAACAGCAACAGCUGGAGGAAGAAGCUGCAAAACCCCAGGAGCCAGAGCGCACCAUCUCACCUCCACCCAGUGAAGCCAAACACCGCAGCCUGGUCCAGAUCAUCUAUGAUGAAAACAGGAAAAAGGCAGAGGAGGCUCACCGGAUCCUGGAGGGACUCGGACCCCAAGUGGAGCUGCCUUUAUACAACCAGCCGUCUGAUACCAAGCAGUACCAUGAGAACAUCAAGAUAAAUCAGGCAAUGAGGAAGAAGCUCAUUCUGUAUUUCAAAAGAAGAAAUCAUGCUCGCAAACAGUGGGAACAGAAAUUCUGCCAGCGCUACGACCAGCUAAUGGAGGCCUGGGAGAAGAAAGUUGAGCGCAUUGAGAAUAACCCACGUCGCAGAGCCAAAGAGAGCAAAGUGCGGGAGUAUUACGAAAAGCAGUUUCCUGAGAUCCGCAAACAGAGAGAGCUGCAGGAGCGUAUGCAGAAUAGAGUGGCUCAGCGAGGUGGGGGUUUGGCCUCAGCAGCUCGCAGUGAACAUGAGGUUUCUGAGAUCAUCGACGGCAUCUCAGAGCAAGAGAACUCAGAGAAGCAGAUGCGUCAGUUAGCUGUGAUUCCUCCCAUGCUGUUUGAUGCCGAGCAGCAGAGAAUAAAGUUUAUCAACAUGAAUGGGCUGAUGGACGAUCCCAUGAAGGUCUACAAAGAUAGACAGGUCAUGAACAUGUGGAGUGAACAGGAGAAGGACACUUUCCGUGAGAAGUUUAUCCAGCACCCAAAAAACUUUGGCCUGAUAGCCUCCUUUCUGGAGAGAAAGACGGUGGCUGAGUGUGUCCUGUUCUACUACCUGACUAAGAAGAAUGAGAACUACAAGAACAUUGUUCGCAGGAGCUACCGUCGCCGAGGCAGGAGCCAGAAUAACCAACAGACACAGCAACAGGUGAACCGCAACAACCAGGAGGAGAAAGACGACAAGGAGAGAGAGAAAGAGGGAGACCGCGAGGAGGACAAUGCAGAGGGAGAUGAGAAAGAGGAUGGCAUGAAAGAUGACACCUCUGGUGAGGACGGGGAGGAAAAAGAGCCUCCUAUAACCGCUAAAGGCCGGCGCACUGCAAACAGCCGAGGACACCGGAAAGGACGAGUCACUCGCUCUAUGACCAAUGAGCAGGAAGAAAACACUUCACCGCUAAGCAGUGAGCUGGCAAACCUGGAGAUGAAUGAAAGUUCUCGUUGGACUGAAGAGGAGAUGGAGACAGCAAAGAAAGGGCUGCUCCAGUAUGGCAGAAAUUGGUCCGCAAUCGCCAAGAUGGUGGGCUCCAAAACAGUCUCCCAGUGCAAGAACUUCUACUUUAACUACAAGAAGAGACAGAAACUGGAUGAGAUUCUGCAACAGCAUAAAAUAAAAUCGGAGAAAGAGCGUAAGGCCAGACGUAAACGUAAAGCUCUUCAGAACGAGGAGGCCAGCGCUCCAUCUGCUGAAGAGGAGAUGGAGGGAUCGGGAGUCAGCGGCAAUGAGGAGGAGGCUCAGGAGGAUGGAGAGGGUGGAGCUAAUAACAGCUCAGACACCGAGAGCCUCCCUUCCCCACGCUCCUCAGAUGACAGCAAGGUCAAAGAAGAGGGGUCGGCAUGGCCCAAAACUGCAACCAAUGCCACUUCCUCCUCAUCCUCCAUGGACAAGGACAUGGCAGCUAUGGAGACGGGGCCGGAAGAAAAGCCAAAAGUGGAGAAAGGAGAAGGGGAGCAGGGAGGAGUGAAGCAGGAAGUAAAGACUGAACCGGGGGAGUGUGGUAAGGAAGCGACAGGAGAAGAUAGGAAGCCUCCUGCCCUGGAGGUGGAGGAGGGCAAGAAAGAGGUCAAAAAGAAAGAGCAUGGAGGAAAGAGCGGAGCUCAAGACAGUGACUCCAGCGCCACAUGCAGUGCCGAUGAGGUGGAGGAGACGGAAAGCUCAGACAAGAACAGGCCAAGUAUGUUGAGUUUCGCCCAUGAUGGAGUGAUCACUUCUCCAGUUCAGAAACCACUGGACAUCAACCAGCUCAAGCAGAGAGCAGCCGUUAUACCUCCCAUAGUAAGUACCUACCCAUACCAACAUUCAUCUUUGUUUUCAGUCACUUGUGGGAGGGUGUGGCCUAAGGAGAUCAAACAGCAACAAUCACAGCCAACCAAAUCUCAGCAUAACACAGGGGGUGGAGAUUCCAGUAGCCCACGGGUCAGGACUCGCAGCCCUGGUGUCUCUGACAGAGAGAGAGAAGAGCUGGAGGGGAACGAGAGAUGGCUUCAGGCUCUGCUACAUGGAUUACAUAAAUCUCGGGCAUUCUCUCCUCUUGCGGACGGUAAAAUGAUUCCCGGGGCUGAUGAUAUUCGGGCUUUAGGUCUAGGCCGACCAGUGAUGUCACCGUACCAACUCUCUCCCAGAGACAUGGCCAAAUUCAGCCAUGAACAGCUGCUACACUACAAUCCCUCAUUGGCUCCUUCUCUACAGCCACAGGAGAGAAUGGCUGCAGUGCGCCCUCUCCAAAUCCCAGAACCCCCUCCUCUCAUCUCCUCUGCCAAGCCUGUUGGUUCCAUCACGCAGGGUACUCCAGUGCAAUUGCACAACCUAUCUCAUGGCUCCGACCAUGGAAAAAUCCCAGCACCAGGAUCCCUGGCUCUCUCCUGGAUGGACCAGAGGAAAAUGGGAGGGUUUCCAGUGGUUAAACAGGAGCAGUUAUCUCCACGCGGGGCCGCCUCCUCUCAGGCUGAGAAUCUCUCCUCACAGGACUGCGCUACGUCACGGGGCCCCAUGCCAGCUGUUCAGGGUGGUAGCAUCACGAAGGGCAUCCCUGGCACGCGUGUGCACCAAGAACCUUCCAUGUCAUAUCGAGGAGGUUCUAUCACGCAGGGCACUCCUGCAGAUGUCUUGUACAAGGGCACAAUAACCCGUCUGCUUACUGAGGACAGCCCCAGCAGAGAGAGAAGCAGAGAAGACACUCCUUCUAAGGGGCAUGUAGUCUACGAGGGCAUCAGUGGACACAUCCUUUCCUUUGACCGGGGUCCAAACUCUAAGGAAGAGGCUCGUGGGGAUAUGACUGGGCUGAAGAGGACCUAUGACAUGAUGGAGGUCGGCAUUUCUCGUGUGCCACCCAUCAGAGACUCAAUAUCUGCCACUGAAGGCUUGAUUAGUCGAGCAAUGCCUCACGAGCGCGAUAGUCCUCAUCUGCACCACAUCCGUGGAUCCAUAUCCCAAGGAAUCCCACGGGAUGAUUGUCAGCGCCGGGAGGUUAAACAGAUUAAAAGAGAGGGUUCACCAUCACCCCGUGGCCCUGGUCAUCCCACUGACACUCUUAAAUCACGCUCUCACGAGAGUAUGGUGACCACCGUCAAAGAGGGAGGACGCUCCAUCCACCUGAUCCCUCCUGAGGGGGUUGUGAUAGGCAAGCCUAAGGAGGGCUCAAUCACCCAGGGCACCCCUCUGAAACAAGAGCCUGUUGGCUCAUCCAAGCGCUAUGAUGUGCGCUCCAUUAUCGCCAGUUCUCCUCGACCUUACUCUGGACUGUCCGCUCAUUUAGAGCUUAGGCCCGAGCACAGAGGGUCAGACAGGGCCCGAUAUGAGGAGGUAGGGAGCAAAUCCCGACCAAGCGCUGUGGUCAGCACCCCCAGCUCUCUGUCCCGUACCUCUCCAUUGGCACUCAUUGGAGAGCAAAGCAGCAGACCCCACCACAGUCCAGUGGGCUAUGAAGAUCACAAAAGAUCCGGCUACCCUCCGCCCUCACACAGAGCCUCUCCACUGUCUGGGAGAGAAACCUCACAGCGUGCACAUGAAGGCUCUAGUAAGGCCCAGCAGCAGGAGAGAAAAGCCACUCCCACCCCUCGAGAGGUGAGCUCCACCAAGUCUCCACUGGCAGUUGGUGAGCACACUGCAUCUUUGGCUUACGAGAGGAUCCUGCAGGGGCUUGGAACUGAGAUGUUCCAUGGCCAGAUACCUCUAUCAUUUGACCCUGCAACUCUUCCCAGGGGAAUCCCGAUUGACCCAGCGUAUUACCUGCCCCGCCACCUGGCCCCUGCCCCUGGCUACCCUCACCACUACGCACCCUACCUGAUUAGAGGUUUCCCUGAAACAGCAGCCCUGGAGAACAGACAAACGCUCUUCAACGACUACAUUACCUCCCAGCAGAUGCACCAGUGGCCAGCCACUGCUGCCAUGGCUGCCCAGAGACCUGACCUGCUCAGAGGCCUGACGCCUCGAGAGCAGUCCCUUAACUUAGCCUACUCACCCACAGCCAGAGGAACAUCUGCAUCUCCCAUGAAUCGUAUCACAUACAUCCCAGGAACCUCUCCAGCUUUCCCCAGCGGAGCCUACAACACCUCUCCCAUCUCACCAGUGGGAGCCUCUCACAUGAGCAAGAUCCAAGGCAGUUCGACAUCCUCAGAGAGAGAAAGAGAACGGGAGAGGGAGAGAGAGAGAGAAAGAGAGAGGGAUCGUGAGCGAGACCGAGAGCGAGAGAGGGACAGGGAACGAGACCGAGAGAGAGAGCGUGAGAAAGAUCGGGACAGAGAAAGAGACAAGUCCCUCGGUCAUGGUAACGUGGAACAUGCCCCUAUAUGGAGACCAGGAGCUCCAGAACAGAUGGGUGGCAGCAGCAGUUCUCGUCCCCCGUCUCAUCCAUACAGUCACCAGUCGUCUCCACUCUCCCCCCGUCCCCAGGACUGCCUGCAGCAGAGACCCAGUGUUCUGCACAACACCAGCUCAAAGAGCCUGCCCAAUUCUGAGCACAAUAGUCCCUCUGUGCUGCGGCCACCGGGCUCUGCUCGCUACCAGGGCUUUAGUGGGCACCUUCGGUCUGGUCUAGCCAAUGAGGGUUACCCAUCUGGUACAGACUCAAAUGCUAAAGACUCGAGCAGAGAUGGGGGCAAGAGCCAUGGGCGUGGAGGUCUGCCCAAGCAUCAGGACCUUUCAUCCUCCAGCCCUGGUGCCGGUGGUUCAUACCCCUCUCCUUACAGCCAGGCCUCUGGUGCCCACCUUGGUCUGCCCACAAGUCGAGGGCACCCCUUGCUGGCUUCCGAAAGCAACAGCGGCAGCAGUUCCAUCCCGUCUCGUGGUGGGGAUGGCAUCAGCAGCGCGUCAAGUAGGGAAAAGACUCAAAACAAAGUGAUGUCCAUACAGGAACACGAACUUCGAGCACUCGGUAAGACCACCAUGACAGCGGCCAGCUUCAUAAACGCGAUAAUCAUGCAUCAAAUUUCUUGUGAUGCGGCGAUGCCAGAGACUGGUGCGCUUGCGACCAACGGCACCUGUGAUGGUAUCUCUGCAGCUCACCAAAAAGCACUAGAACAGCUGUACGGGUCUGAGGACAGACUUUCUCCAGGUCAGCAGCCGCCGUCUGCCGUCAAAGGUUCUCAGAGAGUGGUCACCCUCGCCCAGCACAUCAGUGAGGUGAUCACUAAAGACUACACACAACAGUCGCAGCAAGGCCAGAUAGGUGGUCAAUCAUCUCUACAGCCUGUGUUUGGGUAUCACAACUCCCCUGUGCUGGAUCUCACCCGUCCUUCCAGCGCCCCCCAAGCCCAGACCCCAACAGACCCCAACGCCCGCUACACCCCAGAAGGCACUGCUGCUGAGAGGGAGCGAGGGAGAGAUAGGUCUCCUCCUCAGAGUAAGGCCUCUCCAGUGAGUCUGGCUGCCGAUGGGAUUGAACCCGUUUCACCACCAGGGGCCGUUUCAGAGCCGGAGACGCCAGGAGCCGCCUACCCUAAUGAACAAGCAGAGCAGGGUAUGGGAUCUCGUUCUCCGGCCAGUAGCUCUCAACCACCAGCCUUCUUCAGUAAACUGACUGAGAGCAACUCCGCCAUUGUCAAGAGCAAGAAGGAAAUGAUUAAGAAGAUGGUGGUCGGCGCAGAGGCUGAAUUUAACCAGGGCCAACCUGGGACAGAAAUCUUUAAUAUGCCUGCCUCUACAAAUGCAGCACCCGUGAGCGUGCGCAGUCACCCAGCACCAGAGGCCAGUGGUAAUACUAUAGGUCUGGAGGCCAUCAUCAGGAAAGCCCUCACGGGCAAGUAUGAUGAACAGAUGGAUGAUCGCUCACCGUCCAACUCUGUCAACUCGAUGAGUGUUGGUGUGCCAGCUGCUGUCGGGCCGCCAGCUUCAGCGGAUGGGCGUUCUGAAGACCCCUACUCCCUGCCAGUCAAAUCCAAAGGAGGGCGCUCUAACGGUCGCAAGACUAAGUCUCCUGGUCUGUCUGGAGGAGAGAGACCUUCAUCUGUGUCCUCUGUCCACUCUGAGGGAGACUGUAACCGUCACACCCCACUCAGCAACAGAGUGUGGGAGGACAGACCCUCAUCUACAGGCCCCACUCCAUUCCCCUGUAAUCCCCUGACCAUGCAGAUGCGUCUCCCCAGCGGGAUGAUGUCGGGACCCUCUCCUUCCCCUACGCAGCAGGGCACGUCUGCACCUCCACAGGGCCAGACUCAACCCCGCACCUGGGAGGAAGAACCCAAACCUCUGCUGUGCUCUCAAUACGAGACCCUGUCAGACAGCGAGUGAACACACACCUCACGCCGCAUACACUAGGACUGAACGUUUGCUGCUUAUGAACAAAAACUUGUUACUGUAAACAGGGAUGUUCGUGAACACACACGUACUCAUGUCCAUACUGACAUACACUUACGGGAACACGCACGCCAUCUGCGCUCAUGCCCUCUGAUACCUCUAAACAUAUUCAUACAUACAGAGACACACAUCCCAUAACCCACCCCAAGCCCACACACUCACGCCAUUAGUGGAAGUGCAUUAAAUGGCUGCAGACGCGUGUUGUGUCAGUGUGUUUGUGAAUGCGCACACAUGUAUUAGCGUGUGCAUCACUCCAGGACUACUUGUAGGAUGAAUCACUUUUUAGCUUUUUUUUUAAUAUGAAUAUAUAUAAAUACUUCUAUUUGUGUCGUCUUGCAGGCCUUAUCAGAGUUGACUCAUGGACUGAAUCUGUUUUGUUGACGCGUUUUGGAGCUUUCCUCAUUAGACUGCUCAGGACACACCUUUAUACUGUAAUACAACUGCAAAUUGUUUUUUUGUGUGUGUGGUGUAAUGCAAAGGCUGGAUGAAUCCUCUGCAGAAAUGAGCACCCACCCACACACACGCACGUACGCCCUCAUGUGCAUCUGCAGUCCUUCAUGAUGGUUCAUGUGUUGCCAAGAUGACCCUGUUGUUAUUUUUUUUUACGGAUCUGAUGCUGUUGGGCCUUCCUAGUAUGUGUGUGAUGAAACAAGACCUUCAGAGAAGCACGUUAGCCAAUCCCUGCACUAAACUGUACUGGUUUUUAAGCAGAUUUCAUUUUAUCCUUUAACAUUCUGUCCUUACCUUGCUACUUCUGAGAGUUUACAUGGGCGGCCAAAUCAUUGGUUUACAGGGUAUACAUAAUGUUAAUUUGUUGACAUCAAACCUUCAUUUUUUACUUUAGUUUUGGCAUUCAGAAGCGUCUCUAGCUGACCAAUAAUACAUUGUCUUUUCAGUCAACUCUGAUAGUUGAUGGGAGAUGUUUUUAGUUUUAAACUUUUUUUAUGUACAUGAUCCUUGUUUGCAUGUUUUUUUUUGUUUUUUUUUGUGACGAGUUAAGCACUUAGUAGGCAAACGGUUCCUGUCUGUGUCCUUUAACGGACGCUGACCUGAAUGCAACUUUUUACACAGCAUUUAUUUGUUUACUUUCUUAUACAGUAUUUUGUUGAUUUGUUUCGUCACCUACCUAGUCAAGUGUUCCACUCUCUAGUGACAAUCACUGGCAGAGAGUUGAGCGAGUGGACACGUCUUUAGGGGAAGCUGCUUUAUCAGGUCUGAAUGUCCCAGCAAACCUGAUGUUUUUCACGUCAUCUAUUUGUUGAAGAGUUAAAGCCAUGCUGUCUGGCCAGUCCUUUGACAUGACACUCACUGAGAGCUGCUUUACUUUUGCUCUUUGUGCUUGAACGAAGGGUUCGGGAUGUUUUUUUUCUUCCUGUGGGCGAAUUUGAGGAGAUGAUGUAUCCUGCAUAAUAAAAUAAAGAGGUGAGCAGAUGCCACACCUCAUAUAACCUGUAGUCCUUCACUCUGUACAGUUUUAAAUAUAAUUCUAGUGUUAAGUGCCAUGUAUUUGACAUAUACAUUUCUGAAGUUAAAACUACCAAGUGACUACGCACAAUUGUUUGUUUUUUAAAUUUGUUUCUUUUCUCUUUGCUAUGUCAGGGUUGUACAAUUUGUCACGCAGGCACAAUUUAAAACCGUGAAGGAGACAUUUACCGUGUCAGUCUCCUCUCCAAAAUGCCUCUUUUUCGGACCACCUCAGCGGUGCGGUUACUAAUUUUUUUUGCAUGCAUAUUAGAUAUAAUGAAAUGUUUUAAUUCAUAUUGUUUGACUUUUAUUUGUAACAUGGUUUUACUAUGAAAGGUAUCUUUAACAGUUCAAACUGCAAUACUCAAUGUAAUCUCCAGACUUUGGGGAUAUUUUUGGAAGCUAAUUAAAGGAUGAAACUUAAAGUUCAGCAGUGGGUUUUAUCCGGUUUGGGAGCUUUUGUUAUUGCUUUGGUGAUUGAGGACAGAUUUAGUGCACUACCUUCCCUAGUGUGGUUUUGUAAAAAGGGGCUUUAUCUUCAGUCACUUCAAUCCCAAAUACACUCAUAUCAAGAUCCCUGAAUGGGGUGUGUGAACAGUAGCUAUGCUUUUUUUUUUUUACCAUAACUUCUUCACAAACAUCCCAGAAUGCUCUGCUCUGAUUUUGAGAUUCAUUCUCUGACAUAUCACUCCAGACAGUAUUGUAUUUAGUGGACAAGUCACUCUAAAGUUCAGUGUUUUCUUGUACAACGAGCCCUCUUUCCUCUAUAUUGACUGUUUGUUUGACCUUUUUACUGAGGACAGUAUUGCACUUUCCUCAGAUGAGGAGGCAUUCUCAUUUGUAACUGAUAAACAUAAAUGAAGCUGAGAGAUUAAAAUAAAUGAAGAGGAGAGAGGUGGGAAAACAGUAGUAAUAGUCGCCCCUCUUAAGAUUGGAAUGGUUAAGUGGGUAUUUGGGUGGCAUCUGUUUUUGUACAACCAUUUUGUGCAUAGUGCAUUUUGUUUUUGUUUUUGUUUUGUAUUAAGACCCACUGUAUUAUAGCGAGGAGUGUAAAUAGACUUAAAAGGAUGUACAUAUUUAUGUGAUUUGCUGCAAGAUUGAUAUUCACACUGUUGUAUUUCAACAUGGCCACCAGCAAGCUUUGUGGAUAGCAGUGUAAAAAUUAAAUGGAAAAAAAAAACAGACACUGCCUUAAUGUUUAAAUAAAAAGCUUAUUGCCA